ACAUCCCUUCCACCCGGACCGAUUAAAUCGUCGGACCUGUCAAGGAAACAUGCACCAGCGUUGACCUGCCAAGCGUUUCAUUUUAAAUUCUCUUCAUACCAGUAAUGAUGUUUAGCAUGAAGCUGUUGAGGAAGAAUAAGACGAUCAAGUACGGGGUUCCUAUGCUGUUGCUGGUAGUUGGAGGCUCCUUUGGUCUGCGAGAGUUCACACAGAUUCGGUACGACGCUCAGAAGAUCCGACGGAAGCUGGACCCGUCGCUGGAGGCCAAAAUCGACGUCCAGAAACAGCCGGUCAUCCUGCAGGAGGAGUACGAGAAAAUGAAGAAGGUCAAUCUGGACGAGUGGAGGAACAUCCGUGGUCCUCGACCAUGGGAGGACUCGCGGGAGUACCAGGACCAGCAGCGCAGCCAGCAGAAGACCUGAGGGCUCGGGGGGGAAGUCCACUCCUAGAUCCGCACUGACGCCACUGACUGAGCAAAUCCAAUUCUAAAGACAGACAGAAAGUGAUAUUUAUGAUGGCUGUUCGCUGCAUGCAUAGAGGUUUUAAUAAACACAGAGUUCUUACUCCGCUGCUUUAUUUAGUUAGUUGCUGUGACGCGAGCCAGCGAUGAACAGGGUUAAAUGAACAUGCUCCUCAUAUUGUCGCAGGUUGGUGAUCAGCUCUUCCUGUCCGCAGCAAAAUGACUUCAUCACAUACAGUAGCAUGUUAGCCACUAGCUACAUCAUGAUGGGAUUCUGUGUAGUGCCUCGUCCACUGCCUUCUUUGUUUUCCUUGCUAAUGUUGCUCAACUAUUGCCCGUCUCAGAUGCGACCAAACACGAGCUCUUCAAAUGCUUCAUUCGUGCAUCAUGUUGCCACGGCAACACGUCUCACUGAUGGCUCCAGUGUUGCAGUGUGACAUUCAUGUGUCACUGAAACCAUCAAAACAUUGCGUCAGAUGACUCCUCUGCGGUCGCUGGUCGACAGUAACGCCAGCAUCCUCUCGAUCGCUCGGCCAGCGAGUGCCGCGGCCUGAGAUUUCAGGAUCACACGGGCCGCUGCGUGAAGCCGUGCUGUUGCGUUGUUGUUGUCGCCUGACUCCUCUGAAGGAGCAAACAUUUAAUCUGCGGAUGAGCUAUUCACGCGCCUGACAAAGUGUGUGUCUUCUAAAAAUAGUCACCUGGUGUGGGCGAGUGUUACUUUGGAGGUGAAUCACGCCGCCGCUGCUGAUGAGAUGGCGCAGCUCCGAUACACAACCUGAGUAAAGCAGAACUUGUCUGACAGAUUUAGACCAACAAAAACAACAAUUAGCUGCCGGCUACUUUAUCCUCUCAGCUCUCUCUCUCUGACUGUCACGAUGAUACAUAGUGUUUCUUCCUGAAAUAUUCUGCUCUCUUCCCUCCUCAUGAUUCAGUGCGUCCACUUCUCUUCAGUCAACUUGACGUUGGUUAGUAUGUGCCGUUUCCUAGCCUCCUUUGGGUCCAUUUCUCUUCAUGAAUUUUCCUUGGUGCUUAUUUAUGUUCGGUUUCUGUGUUCAUUAUUUUUCUGAUGGAAAUUUUUAAUUAUCUAGAUUAGAAUUAAUCUUCAAAUCUUCUCAACAGCACUUUUCCACCUAAAAUGCAGCUAGUAAUAUAGUUUUUACUGUUUCCCCGCUUUUUUUUAUUUUUAUAUAACUUUUUUCUUUCCUCCCUUUAGUACCAACAUUUGUUCGUCCCAUUCAUUUUAUUGCUUUUCCCAAGUCAAAAAGUAAAAAAGUAUUUAAAAAUAUAACUGAAAUAAUAGUAUCUUUAUUCCCCCCAUUUUCUAACACUUGAAUUAAGUCCAAAACGAUGAAUGUGUGACCUUCCUUGUUGCAGAGUAGCUUGGACUACAAUGUUCACACUGUAUGUGAACUGAAAUGAAAUGCUCGUAGAUGCUGUUCCAGAGUUGUGUUGAGCAGCACCGUCACCGCGGAGCUGCAGGCUAGCGUCAGCCGGCCCGGGGGAGUGGCAAUAUUUAUGAGAUAAAUGACCUUCCCGGCCGUCUCUGACGAGAGCUCCGCCCCUUUCUCGUGCAUUGAAAUUUUCAUUUCAAAGUGUUUCAAUAAUUCAUCAGACGUGUUAAAAGAGGGAAUCCGAGUGAAUAUUUACUCCAGCGUGCCGUGACUUUAAAGAGAUCCAAGAAAAAGAAGCUCUGAGUCCCUGUGCCAAACAUUUUUCGGGAAGUGUCGUGAUAAAUGACAGAUUUCCUCCCUGGAAUCGUCCUUUAAUCGUGAGGUCGGAUCCUCGACACAUUCAUCUGUCGGUAAUGAAGUGUGGUUUUCCCUCGAGAUUGAUCGCCUCGCACCGUCGUGCAUUAUAGAGGCAGAGGUCAAAGGUCCUGGACGAGUCGCUGGUGUGAGCGUCAGAAGCGACACUUCAGAACAAGUGUGAGCUUCACUGAAGGUGACUGAUGCUGGUUUCUGUCUUCUUGGACACCCAUCCAUCCCGGGUCGCCCGGAAGUUUGCAUUCGUCUGUGCCGUCUCAAACCAAACUUGCUGAGGCUUGUUGGUAAAAAAGCACUGCGAGGUCAAAUGCCCGACGUUCCAGUUCAGCAUCAAGCGAAGCGAGCAGGAGGGAGUGAGAAGAACCGCUCCUCCAACCUCUCUUUCAUUUCUAUAAAUAGACAGAUGUUUGGCAGCUGAAGACGAGUCCAUGCAGAACAAAUGCGCCCCCUGGCUGUCUCAUGUCAUUCUCCACAUAAUGAGCCAGACCGACCGCACAUGUACAGAACGUCACUUUCGCUCUCCCCAGGUCCGAAGCGGGGCCCACACGUUGCCAUGGUGACUGAGCUGGAAAAGCCAGAGACGCUGAGAUGUCGUGUCCGACGUCGAAUCCCUUCAUCAGUGGCGUGUUUGCUGCUCGUAAAUCACCAUUCCCAUUGGUUUCACAGACGCCUAACAAAGCUAUGCUAGAAUGAGGUCAUUUCAAUGGAGGCACGGGACGUGACAAAUGCUGUCAGAGGUGGGAUGUUCAAGUGAAAGGCCUUCAGUUUGAUGAAGAACCUCAGUGGAAGUACAAUGGCCCUGUUACAUCACCGUAACACACAACCCUGAAACUGUACUGCUGGGACAAAAGCCCUGGACUAUAACACACCUACUGCCGUGAUCCUUGCUACGAUGGUUGCUAGGAGAAUGGUCUUCAAUCUGUGGAAGACUCAUGCAUCUCCCAAGUUCCAGACUUGGUUGAGGGAACUCACCAGCUUGCUACAUGUGGAGAGACUCAGAUACCAACUCUCUGGUAAUAUCCUGAAGUUCUUCAAGACUUGGAAGCCAGUGCUGGAACAUUUAAAGGACCGUUUUCGGAGCCUUUGCCCCCUCUGUUUGUUUUAUCUUGCUGUAACUUAUAUGUGUGUCUCUGCUAUUGAUGCCUUUUUAAAUAUUUAUUUUUAUUUUGAAUAUUUGCUUCUGUAUUACUGUCUAUGUAUUGGUCUCUGUCUCGUCUCAUAUUUGGUAAAUAAAAUGUAAAAUAUAAAAAUUGUUUCUGUUGACCCUGGACCUGUUGUUCGCUGAGUAUAAUUUUGCGCUCUGAACAAGACCCAUGGUCAGGAUGGACUGUCAACCAAGCCAAGUCAACAGGCAGGGCCCAACAUGGUUUUCCUGGCAGUUUGAUGCUUCAUACUUGAUGAAUGGCUGAUCCAGUUGAAGGCUUUAAAUAGCUGACGCCCAGAUAUACAGCGGUGGAAAUUCAGUAUCCACAAG